UGGACAUUGCGCCAGACGCCACGUGGACGAGGCCCCUAUAUCUGUGUGUGCCAUGCCGUGCCUGCCCUCAGCGCACACCACACCACACCACACCACCGUGCGCUGAUGGAGCUCAUGGAGGUCGUCUCGCUGCAGCACCACGGCGACAGCUUCUCCUGCGGGUGGCUCAAGUGCGGCGCGCAGGCGCCGUCGUUCGACCGCCUCGUUGACGCCGACCUCCUUCAUUCCUUCGGCAGCUCCAGGUCCUUCAUCGACAUGGACCCCGCCGAGCUCUUCUCCAUGCGCUGGACGACGUCGCUGCCGACGAGCGACUUCGACUUCGGCUUACCUGGCGACGGCAGCGGCAGCGGUCCUCCGUCCCCGAUGCUGGUCAGUGCCAGCCAGAUCAUCCGCAACGGCCGCCUCCUCCCCAGCGAGCCCGUCGGACUCUCCGUUUUACAAGAACACGGCGACCGCGUCACGGAGCUGCCCAGCGCGCCGCCGCGGUCGUCCACCUCGUCGCCGCUGUACCACUCGGCCCAGAGCACGCCUGCCUUUCUGAGCUCGUGCUCCAGCACGAGGAGCAUCGCCGGCCAUAAGAACACCGGGCCGCCCCCUUUCGCCGGGAGGCGCGGCCGGGCGUCGUCGUGGAAGAUACUGCUUCGGUACCUCCGGUUCCUCAUGCCGCUGUACCAGAAGGUCAGGACCCUGAGGCGGUUCGCGGCGCCGAGGCCCCGGAUCGCGCCCACGUCGAGCAUCGAUUGGUGCCAUGGCAAUGACGACACGGCCGUCCGCGACGCCAUCCUCUACUGCAAGAAGUCCAGCGGACAAGAUCUUUAGCACCCUAAGAACACAUCACAUACAUGAGCUUGAUGUGAAUUCGCGAGAGCGUGAGACAUCUUGUGUUCUGUCGUCUCAGCUCAAGUUCUUUGUGUUGUAUCCUCGGAUGUCUUGGCAUCGAUCCAUACCCACACAAGAUUACACAGCGUAUAUACAUGCAUGUGACAAGAUGUUCGUGGAAUACGUUUAACCUCAGGUUCUGUGAAUGACUCGUGUACAAGUUACUCGAUAGAGGAUCUCGAUCUCCCUUUCUUGUAUUGGGCUAUCAGUUUAUGUUCGUCCAUGAAGUUAACCUUUUUUUU